ACAACAAUGAGUUCCGAAUUGGUCUGGGCUAUUAUCAAGAACAACAACUCCUUCCUUGUUAAGCGUCAAGGUGUUCAAUUCUCUUCUGAACCCUCUAACUUGAAGAACAUCAACUCCUUCAAGUACUCUGGUCUUGCCAACUACAAGAAUGUUGCCAUUCUCCCUACUGCUCGUGGUGUUCGUGUUACUACUCGCAAGGCUAACAAGCAAAACUUCCCUGCCAAGUCUACCAACUCUGUUGUUAUUGCCAAGACUCGUCGUCAAACCUCCAAGUCCGUUGCUAACUUGAUUGCUCGCAGCCACUACAGACCCGAUCUUCGUGCUGCCGCUGUUGCUCGUGCUUCUGCUAUCCUUUCUUCUCAACAACCCAAGAAGGUUCGUGCCAAGAAGGAAGCUAAGGGUCCUCGUGCUCAAAAGAACUAAAUUAUUAUAAAAUAAAAAUUUUAUAAUAAAAAUAUAAUUCAUUCCCUCAUCUUUUUAUAAA